AAUAUUUCUAAGGUGGAAGAAGGCUGUUGCUGUCUAAUAUAACAACCAGGUCUUUCACUUUUGAGCUAGUAGUUACAGUAGAUCUCUCUAAAUGGAAGUUGAAUUUUGAGAGCUUCUGUGUACUGGCUUUUGGACCGAUAAGUAGUAUUUCUGUCGCCCCUUCCAAUAUGGCGGACGCGUUGACGUGUCUGCAUACAUUUCAACAGCGGCUACUGCGCCCUCUACUGCUUCCUAAUACGGCAAGCUACGACAACGAAGGCUGUGACAGCGACGGAAGCAGCGAUAGUGUGGAUUGUCUGGAGACAAGAGACAAAGGGAGGAGAAACAGCGAAGCAAAGCGACGAAGAAACAGCGAAGCAAAGCGACGAAGAACCGAGAGAUGCUGCACAUGAAGACGUUUCUUUCCGGCCGGAGUAGCGGCACAGUCCGGGGCCUGACCUGCGCCGCCGGGCUGAUCGCGCUCGCCACCGCGGGAUACUACGCGUAUCGCAGGCUGAAGAGGACCAGCGACCUUCGAGCUGCUGAACGGGAGGCUGCUCAAGGAUCUGUUGUAGGUGUUGAUGUCGAGGUAGUUCUCGUAUGCACCGAAGAAGACCCUCAGACAUCAGCUGUUGUCCUGGUCACUGAGACAAAUCCCCAGCUCCUGAACACCAGCCUUGACCCUGAGAAGUCAGCUGUCAUUCUGCUCUCACAUCACCAUGGCACACGUCAGCUGCACUCUGCCUGGCAGAACAUCCAGUUCUUUUCCUCACAGUCCUGCAGCUUCGUCUCUGAGUCCCUGGAGGUACGCAGGUACAUCGCAUGCUUGGUGAGAGGUCCAGAAGUCCUGCUGUGGUGGAUCACCACCACCAAAAUGUCCAGCAAUCAUUGGGGAGCCUUUAGCUCCACCACUCAGGAGACCUUGAUCACCUGCAUACAGCGAGUCUGCGGGAGUGUGAGAGCGCUGGUGGCCUGCCAUCACGAGGAGACGACCGUCCACGUGCCGUACGAGGAUGGCGAGCAAACCAUUUACCAGGUGAGUCGCUCGUACCUUCGCAUGGACGUGGACGGUCAGGUGGACAUGUCCCAUGAGGAGGAAGGAAGUUUCUUCACUCCUCAUGCUGACUCUGAGGUUCAGUCAGAAUUUGAGGAAAGUGACGUGGAACUUCCACCUGAGGAGCAGGAGGUGCCUUUCAUCAGCUUGUACCUCACAGGCCGUGGCAUCACAGACCUCGUCCUGAAGCUGCCUGCCGUCCGCGAGGCGUUCUCUAGGAUGAUGUCGAGCAUCCAUAGCAAGAACUUCUUGUACGUGGCUGGCAAGCAGAUCUUGAUGCGUCUGGCAGCAGCCAACAAACAGGAUCCGCGUGGCGUACAGAGGGCAUACGACGAGGUGAUCCGAUUCCUGAGAGAGCCAUCCUAUCAGGAAAUGAUCGAGGCGGAGGUGCUCGAUGCCCAGCUGUACCACUUUAACCUGCUGGAUGUGUUCUUCGAACUCAUCUUCUUCAGCUGCUUAAUCAACAGCUUGCCGCCUGAAGCUUUGGAUGGGGGAUUCUUGCAGCUUGUGUUCUAUAUGAACAGCCAGUGGGACGUGGACAUCAGGGAGCCUGAAGCAGAGCAGCUCUUUUUGCUGCUUUCCUUAAAGCUGACAAUGCUGCUUGAGGAACUGUUCUCGCAGCCCCUGGACCUGUACAGUGACCCAGCAGCUUUAGCCACCGUUGUGCUACGACUGGUGAAGGAGCGUGUGCAGGAGAUGCUGAAGGCCAUGGCGGAAGUCUGAGCAACACCACACGCCUCUGGCGUACACACACACACACACACACACCUCUGUCCCUGUUUUCCUUCUCUUUCGCUUCAUUUCACUCUCUUUACAGGUAAGUACUUAUUAUGCUGUCUUACUGUGUACACAUUUAAACAUGUCUUUCUUUUCUUCUCUCCCUGAGCAGCUACACAAUACACAACAUCGACGGCCUGGCCUCUAACAACAACAUCUUGGUUUGCUCACCGACUGCACAAACACCUGCAGCUCCAACGCCAUUAAUGAGGUGCAUGUGGAGGGGAACCAGGCGAUCACGAACUACAAGACAGCUUCACCUGUCUGUGAUGGUGACGUCUCCCUCCCAGAUGCGCUGAACAUUUUCUGCGCUCGGUUUGAGGUGCAGAACAACAUUGUGUAAAGGAAGACCAUCCCUCCAACAACGAUACGGUACUCUGUCUAUCCACGGCUGACGAGCAGAGUUAAUCCAUGGAAGGCUUCUGGACCAGACCACAUUCCUGGCAGGGUGCUCAAGGAAUGUGCAGAACAGAGCAUCGUGAGCAGCUGCAUCCCUGUCUGGUUUGGGAACUGCACCAUCUCGGAUCGCAAGACACUGCAGCGGAUAGUGAGGACAGCUGGGAAAAUCGUUGGGAGUUUUUCUUUCCUCUCUCACGGACAUUUACACCACACGUUGCAUCUGCAAUGCUAACAGCAUUGUGGAUGACCUCACACACUCUUCUCCCUCCUGCCGUCUGGGCAUGCGGACCCUCACGACCAGACUGAGUAACAGUUUCUUACCACAAGCCAUCAGACUCUUCAGUGACUGAACUGUACUGAGCACAGUACACACACACACACACACACUCACUCGACUGUAUGGACUGAUCUGAACCAAAUACAGUCUUCCAAUAUACAUCCAUGUCUACCGCACCAUCCAUUUCAAACUGUUUACCUGUUUUGUACAUUGUCAUUACAAUACAUCAUACAACUGCUGAUAUUAUAUUAAGUGUUCAUUCCAGUAUUUUUGCACAUGUACAGUAGAGUAUACAGUAUGUAAUCUGGUUGGCACUGCUUUUGUCUUGCACAGAUUGCACUUUUAUGUGGCUAAGACAUACUUAAGUCCUUAGCUCUGUUGUUCUAUGUAUCUCUGUCUUGUAGCACCACGGUCCUGGAGAAACAUUUUC